AUGUUCUGGGGAGUCAGCCCGGCGCUGGACCUGCAGGAGGAGUAUCUGAAGAAUGGGGACAGAAGCUCGUACGAGCUCAACUUCCUGGUCGUCGGCGGCUGCGACGCGCGCCACGUCAUCAAAACGCUCGCCCAAGCCUAUCGCCACAGCAGGCGCUACAUGAACCUCUUCGUCAUCGACGGAUGCCCGGAGCUGGCCGCCAGGCAGCUUCUGUUGAUGUCGCUGGCGUUAGAGCGCACGACCAGGGUCGGGCUGCUCGAGAAGACCAGGCGCCUGCUGGAAGUGUACGGGAACGCGCUCCUCCGGCCGCCCACGUCCAGGUACGUCGCGGCCAAGGCGCGCCAGCUGGUCGGCAUGAUCACGAACACGGAGUACAUGAGCUGCCUGCUCCCCUGCGUGUCGAUAGAACAGAUGAAAUACCGCGAGAGGGACUACAUGGAGAACCUGUUCGGCUUCUGGACUACGGGCAACACGAACCAGUUCAACGCGUGCGAGCUCUGGGAGCACCGCCUCAGGCACAGCCUCGGGACUCGCUACGAUACCAGGGCGGGCGUCUACGACUGGGACUACCACAUGCGGCUGAAGGAGGUCGCCGGCCGGGUCUGCUACCAGGAGUACAGGCAUUUCCGCGAGCACGGCGUGGCCUUCACCUGGCUGGAGACGGAGGUCUGCCGGCCGAACGUGACCUUUUCUGCGGGCGUCUACAAGUGCGGCGAGAGGUACUUGCACCGGGGCUACCUCGGGGACAUCGUCACGUCGCCCUACGUGGCGUACGGGCUGGACUGCGAAGACGAGGACAUGCUGCGCUCCACGCACGGUUCCAACUUCAAGCGGGCGACCGACAUAGCCGAGAGGAACGUGAUGCGAAUGCUCUACGAGCUCGAGCACCGUCAGAGGUUCGACGCCGGCACGAUGCACCUGGACGGCGGGAGGAACCUCGGCCUGGUGGUGACGAGCGAUUUGGACGCGCGGAUCUCCGAGGGCGGGCCCGAGGCGCCGUUGAUGUUGCGCGAGGACCGCGACACGUACAUAAACGUGGACUACGGGAAGGUGCACUUUCUAUCCGCGUCGGCGUUAGACCAGUAUCCCCACAAGCCCCAGUUCCAGGGGCUGUUCCACGCGGUGUACGUAGGGCAGAACAUGCUGCCGCGCGUGAGGCCCAGCGUGUGGUCGAUGGCGAGGGACGACGCGGUCCUGAUAAUGGAGACCCGCAAGUACAUGGUGGAGCUGAAGCGGGAAGACGUGAAAGCGUUCGGCGAUCAGAUACAGCAGGCGGCCGCCGCCGCGCAGUGCGACAAGAAGUGCACCUUCGAUCCCGAGAAGGACGACUUUGCAAGGUUCCUGAUCAAACGGAACAGCGAGUGCACCGAUGUAUCUCAG